ACCAAAAAGCGGAGUGACCUUCCUCCGCUCUCAGUCUGACAGGGGCAGCACUGAAGCGAUAAGCCGGUCUCAGCUCCCACCGUCAGCCGCACUCGCCUCAGAAUAAUGAACAACAACUUAGUCGGAGAUGAAAUCGGGAAACUUUUUGUGGGUGGAUUGGACUGGAGUACCACACAAGAAACACUUAGGAACUACUUCUCACAGUAUGGGGAAGUAGUAGAUUGUGUCAUCAUGAAGGACAAAACUACAAAUCAGUCACGAGGCUUCGGCUUUGUUAAAUUCAAAGACCCCAAUUGUGUACGGAUGGUGUUGGAGACAAAGCCACAUAAUCUUGAUGGAAGAAAUAUUGACCCUAAACCAUGCACCCCCAGGGGAAUGCAGCCUGAAAAGUCUCGAACCAAAGAGGGCUGGAAGGGCAGCAAAGCUGAUAGCAAUAAAUCAAAGAAGAUAUUUGUAGGUGGAAUCCCCCAUAACUGCGGCGAGCCUGAACUCAGGGACUAUUUCAAUAGAUUUGGAGUGGUCACAGAGGUGGUAAUGAUCUAUGAUGCGGAGAAGCAGAGGCCCCGAGGUUUUGGAUUUAUUACUUUCGAGGCCGAACAAUCAGUGGACCAGGCUGUCAACAUGCAUUUUCACGACAUCAUGGGCAAAAAAGUGGAAGUAAAGAAGGCUGAGCCUCGUGACAACAAAGCUCCUGGCCAGCUUGGCCCUGGCCAGUGGGCACCCAGGGGCAUCUUGAAUGCAGCUAAUGGUUGGACAGCACAGCCUGCCCAGGGCUGGCAACAGGCGUACGGGCCACAGGGAGUGUGGGUGUCGACUACUGGACAACCUAUAGGUGGAUAUGGACCUGCAUUGACUGCGGGCCGGGGGACACCCACACAGCCUCCAUCACCUUUCAACGCGUUCCUGGUCACAACACCUGCAGGUGGCUUUGCUGCACCUCAGGGCUACCCUCAACAGGGCUACAGCACAGCACCUCAUUUUGCAGGUUACAGUUUUGGCACACCCCAAGCAGACCAGUAUGCUGCACAGGUUCCUCCUCCACCCACCACUCCAGGAACUGCACCUCUGGGCUUUGCCCCCGCCACCACACCAACUCAGGACUUGAGCAAAGCUCCCACUGGGCAACCUGACUUCUCUUAUAGCCAGUAUGGCUUGGGUAACUACCCACAGGACCCCUCUGCCUACGGACCAACGCGUCCUUCUCACAGUUAUGGUCAGGAUGAGCAGGGAGUAUAUAGUGCAGGUAGGUGCCAGCAUCGUCUUCUCCACCCACAAAAGUAGCUUUUGUUCAGUACUGUAGUCUUUAUAGAGCAGCAGCCUGGUACUGCCUUUUUUUUUUUGCUCUAUGUUUAGUAUUUUGCAUAUACAUUUUGCAUGUACAUACAAAUUACUGUCUGUACUCUUGCGUAGUAGAAACACAGCCCCUCUCUCUUUUUGCUGAGUCGACUUGAAUGCUGUUUACAUAGAAAUUGGGCGUUUUAAGCUCUAAGCAUGUUAUCCAUCUUCCUCAGGGGCUGUAGCUUUACUAUACCAAAAGUGACCACAUCCUCUUUUCUUUUCUUUUUACUCACGCUGUCUGCAUUGCUUUGCUGAUUAUAAAGGGAUGAUCUAAUUGUCAGAAGUUGUGUUCAUGGUUCAGUUGUCUCUAUGCAUCAACAGUCCAAUCACCCAUUGUUUUUUUCCCCCAUGUACUGUCUCCACAUUGUAGCUGAAGGGGUGAGAAAGGAAAGAAGAUUUAAAGGACACAAUGCCAGAAAAUUUUCAGCUUCUCUCAGAUUUGUCUGACUGAUGCUCCUGUCGGGACUGUUCCCUGUUACCAGACUUUGAAAAAGACACUCAAAAAGACAUGUUUUUCUUUCAAAAUGUCUCCCUUUUCUUUCACCUCUCUCUCUUUUAGUUAUGUAUGACUUUCUGUGCUCCAAUAUGUAUGGGGACAUGUCAAAAAAGGGUCUGUUGCUACCAGGAUUUUACCAGGGAAGGGAAAUAACCAUUCACUUGUAAAAUGCUGUAAAGAUUAAGCUGCAGCUUGGUUCUGCAUUAAACCAGCAUCCCCCCCAUUUUUCCAGAUAAGUUUCCCUCCCUGGUGUCCCAUGUCUGUUUGCACUGAGGUGGUGCCAUCUAGUGUCUAAAUAGGGCAACACUGUGCUUGUUGCACAGAGUAAAACCUUGAUAUCAUCCUCAGUUGAUCCACUUUUAGGUUUAAAUACAGAUUUUGUCUUUGUACCAUAACAGUACUAUUCUUAUAUGCAACAGUACAAGAGUAAAAAUCCACCACAAGCCAUGCAAAACUUGAUAGAAAAUCAGCUGAACAAAAAUUACCUGAAAUGAUCACCUUAUUUGAUUGUUUUAUGAUUUAUUGUUUUAUGAAAGUGAUAUAUUGUUUAGAAUUUGAAAAAUGUGUGAAAAUGAUGAAAAGGUGGCUCAUGACAAGUUCCCAACACAUAAGGUGAAGUCUACAACACGUUAGAUAAUAGAAUUCUCUAUUUACAAUGACAAACAAAAGUUAUAAAUCCUAAUUGCUUCAGGCUCUAUGUUAUGUUUAUAGAUGCAGGAGCAUAAUGGUAACGUUAAUGGUGGUAUUGUGAUAUUAACAGUAAUACUUGAAUUUCACAUAGAUGGAUGUCAUAUCUUGGUACUUUCAGCUGCAUCACAAUUGUGAUUCAUUAAAAAUAAAAAUGCAUCACCUGCAAAUAACAACAAACUUUUCAUCAUGUACCAGUGGAAAGAUACGUGGUGGAUUUUUCCUGUACUUCAAACUAGUGAGAAUUUGACCUAAGCAUGUCAUGUAAUCCAUAUUUUAGAGUAAGACCUCUCCUUAAAUGAUGUAUGGUGACUCUUGACAUUAAAAUCCUUUUUCUCUCUGUCCCCCCUAUCUCUCUUCUUGUCCA